GGCACCAUGCAGUCUGACGACCUCUUCCUACGCAAGUUUUGCCGGCAGAGGCCACGACCCCCACUGACAACGGUCAACUUUGACUCUAAGCGGGAGGGUGGGGUAAGGGCGCGGGUGGUGGCAGGGGAGUGGCCCCCGAGGAGGGAUGGAACAGAUGGGGAGAGUCUCACUACUCCGAGCUGUGUGGGUCUGAACCUGAGGUCAGUGGGCCGAGGACACAUCAUGCAGAGAAGCAACAGUGACGUGACGCUGGGAGACCUGGACUCCUCUGGUAAGGCGGGAGGGAAGGCAACACGGGCGGUGGGGGAGAAGGCAGGUGCCGGGGCCCAGGAGGACUCAGGGGUGGUGCUGCACAGGGAGUAUGGCAGCCUCUCCUCACUGGAGAGACAGAUAGGUCUGUCAGGAACCCAGGAGCUGAGUGCAGAGGACCAAGGCGUUCUGAGCCCCAACGCCCUCCGCUUCAAAGACCCCUUUCUGCUGCUGGGCCUGCAGGGAACCCCCCCAGAGCCUGACGGCUUCUUCAGGGCUCUGUCCACCCCCGCAGGAGACACCCCAAAACCAGCCAAGCCCCCAAAGCCUGAGGGGCUGAGCAAGAAGGCCAAGCCCUCUCCUCCACAGAUCCCCCAACCAGGUCCUUAUGACAACCUGGGUGGAGGAGCCUGGGUCAGGAAUGUUGCCCACUAUGAUGUCCAGAGCAUUUUAUUUGACCUCACAGAGGCGGCCAGCAACCGAGACAGCAUCGGCCGCAAAAAGAACAUCACCUCAGGGGCAUCGGCUGCCUCGACGAUGCGUCCCCUCACCCAGGCCACGCCCUCGCAGAGCGGGGGCGGUGUUGGGGGGGCUGUGGAGGACCCCUCCCUGGACGAAGGUGAUGGCAUCGACAACGAGCUGCUGCUCAGUUGCCCCCACUUCCGUAAUGAGAUGGGGGGUGAGGAGCGGGCGGGCCUGGGGCAUACGCAGGGCAGAGGGGGUCUGUGGCUAAGCCUGAGGAACCCCAACGAUGCUGUCUCAGUACUGGAGGAACCCAGAGAGAGCCACGUCCAACAGCAGGGCAAGAGCAACUACUUCAUAGAACACGCAGACCUGGGAGCCCACUACUACCGCAAAUACUUCUACAUGAAAGAUCAUCAGAACUUCUUUGGCAUGGAUGACCGCCUUGGUCCAGUGGCCAUCAGCUUCCGUAGAGAGGAGAAGGAGGGGUCUAGUGGAGCUCAGUAUAACUACAGGAUCAUCUUCAGAACCACUGAGCUGAAGACUCUGCGAGGCUCCAUCCUGGAGGAGUCCGUGCCCUCAGCGGCCCGCCACACCACCCCCCGAGGCCUGUCUCCCAAGAGGCUCCUGGAGUUCAUCAUCCCAGAGCUCAACCUCCACUGCCUGCGCCUGGCCUCCACCUCACCCAAGGUUCGAGACACCCUGCUCAAGCUGGACGAACAAGGGCUGAACUUCCAGAGGAAGGUGGGGGUGAUGUACUGCCGUGCAGGCCAGAGCUCUGAGGAGGACAUGUAUAACAACGAGAGCUCGGGGCCGGCCUUCGAGGAGUUCCUGGAUCUGCUGGGGGAGCGGGUGAAUCUGAAAGGCUGGGAGAAGUACCGAGCUCAGUUGGACACCAAGACGGACUCCACAGGGACCCAGUCCCUCUACACACACUACCAGGACUAUGAGGUGAUGUUCCAUGUGUCCACCAUGCUGCCCUACACGGCCAACAACACACAACAGUUGCUGAGAAAGAGGCACAUUGGGAAUGACAUAGUGACCAUAGUGUUCCAGGAGCCAGGGGCUCUGCCCUUCACUCCUAAGGCCAUCCGCUCCCAUUUCCAACAUGUCUUCAUCAUCGUCCAGGUGGAACAGUCCUGCUCUGACCACACCUACUACAGGGUGGCGGUGACACGCUCCAAAGACAUCCCGUUAUUUGGGCCUCUGUUCCCUAAGGGUGCUCGAUUCCCCCGUUCCCCUGCCUUCAGAGACUUCCUGCUGGCCAAGGCGGUGAACGCUGAGAACGCUGCCGAGAAGGCGGAGAAGUUCCGCUCCAUGGCCACCCGGACACGACAGGAGUACCUGAAGGACCUGGCAGAGAACUACGUGACCACCACGCCAAUCGACUCCUCCACUAAGUUCCCCCUGCUGUCCCUGGGGAGCAAACGCAAAGACAAACUGAAAGGGGCCAAGGGGGCAGAGCUGCACAGUGCUGGGGCAUUAGUCUGGGCUGUGAUGGCCACCAGUGGGAAUGAGGGGGAGACAGGAGGACACAAGCUGCCCUGUCUACUGGGGGUCUCAGCUGAAUCAGUGGUGCUGAUCGAGAGAUACACACGGAGGGUGGUGUUCAACUGCUGCUGCCGCGAUGUGAUUGGCUGGAAGGCGGUGAUAGACAGCAGGGCCAUAGGCGGGCCUUGCCUGGAUAUCUUCUAUGAGAGGGGGGAGGCUGUGUCAAUCAGUGUGAUGGACAGCCAGGCGGAGGAGAUACGGGAGAUGGUGCAGAGACUGGAGUUGGUGACGCGGGGGUGCGAGGCACGGGAGGUGACCCCCCUGCGUGACGGGGUCGGCCAGCCAGGCUUCCUGAUGAGCGAGGAGGGCUUUGUGACGGAUCUGCAGCGGUUCGGCUAUGCGGAGAGCGGGGGUCUGCAGCUGGGGGCACGGGUGGUGCGUCUGUGUGGCCACGCCCUGGUGCACCUAGGACCAGAGGAAAGAACCAGACUGCUCCGCACCGCCCACAAGAUCCACAUCACCGUCAUCCCUCCAGAUGAGAACGGCAAGCCCCGCAGGAGUUUCUCAGAGUUAUACCAGAAAGCCAUCCAGGAUGCAGAGCGUAAGCCUGGGGAGGGCCAGUCUGGAGAGGCCUGGGUGCUGGACGAGAGGGAGGAAGAGAUGGAGGAAGAGGAGCGGGAACAGGGAGAGGGGAAGGAGGCGGAGACGAUGGAGGGACCAGCAGAGGGAGGAGAGGCUGAGGACAGGCUGUCAGAGACUGGACAGGGUGAGGAGGACCAGGGGGACCAGGGCUCCCUCCUCUCCCCACCCAGCCUGCCUCUGUUACGGGCCACCUCCCUACAGGACCACCCACUCAACCAGACCGUGGAGAUCACCCCCUCCCAGCUAACACGCAGCUACUCCCUAGAGAGGCACCCGUCCUGCCGAGACAUAUGUGACAGGCAUGUGUAUGACAACGUGGGUGUGAAGUUGAAACAUCACAUCUAUGAGAACCCAGGGGAGCUGAGAGACGCCACGCCUGACCUCAUCCUGGCUGUCAAACCCAAGAUGCCCCUGGACGAGGAGCAGGCACAGAGACACACACAGUUUGUGGGGGCUGAGUUGGGUGAGGAGAGGCCAUCAGCGAGUGACCUCUCCCUGUCCUCCACCCGGUUGUCAUGUCUGAACAGAGCGGAGAGAAACUCCCGAGCCCUGAGCCUACACAACUCCAUCACCAAGAUCCUGUCGGAGACCACAGAUUCCUCAGAGGAGGAGUGGCAGUCUAUAGCUGAUCUAGCCACAGCAUGCCGCAGCAUCCUAGAAGCCUUGUCACGUGAAGCAGGAGAUGGGACCCAAGGAGCAGACUCCCUGACAGAUGGCAAGCUAAAGGACAUGAAGGACAGUGACUCACCGGGCCACCUGGAGGAGAAGGUGUCCCAGCUGGAGGACAUGCUGAAGAGGCUGCAGGACGACUUGCAAAAGCCAUGGUGGUCUGACAGACGGGUGUUGUUGUGUGCCACUCCCUGGCAGGAGAAGGAGGACAAGGCGGUGCUGCAGGCCGAGGUGCAGAGCCUCAGGCAGAAUAACCAGCGGCUGCAGGAGGAAUCCCAGAGCACCGUGGCCCGCCUCAUCAAAGUCACCGAGCUGCUGUGCAAUGUCAACAAGCCCUGCUAGUUCUGUCACAGUACACAAUAUGUGUACACAGACACACAAACACACACAAACAAACGCACACAAACAAACACACACACAAACAAACACAGACAAUCAAGAUCAUAAACACAUUCCGGACACACCACAUUCAAUAUUGUAUACAAACACCCAUGCACAAUACAUCAACAUACUCUAUUACUGUUGCUCACUGUAUAUUAAUACAGACACACACACACACACAUGCAUAAUACUCUGCAUUCUGUAGAAUGAUAUUUGAACUCUGGACCAGCCCAUGAGUGUCAAACCAACUGAAAAACAACCCUGAGUCAUUUCUCACCAUCUGAUGGUCUUCUCAAUAGCUUGACCAAGUUGAGCGGCACAUCCAGGGUUGCUCUUUACCCAAUAGUGUGUUUCUUUGUACCGUGAGUGUGCGCGUGCGUGCAUCACCAUGGUUAUUUUAUCUUGCUUCACAUACUUGACAAGUUGGGCAGAAUAGCAAUUGCGUAAAGCUACCCAAUUGAUUUAGAUGAAGAGACACAUGUGCAGCAUGUUUGAUGGCUGUUUAUUUCAAUUGACCCAAAGUGUGUGUACAGUAUGUAAACAGUAGUCUCUCUCCUCUCUGCUCAACCCUCUCCAUGAUAUGCAACGUCUCGGACUGAGAACAAACAGCUCAGCUGUGCGCCAUUAGAGGGGAUGGCCUUGGAGCUACAUAGGGAAAAUGACAUGCAUGCAGGCAGCCUGCUUGAAAAGACGGACUGAUGCAUACAGACCCUGCCUCUCUCUGCCAACCUGCUCACAGAAUAGUUAGUUCAUUGUGUAGAGACACUAUUCUCUCCCCUCCCUACCGCCUCAGCUUCAUUUGAAGGGUUAUGGACCUGAGUCGGCAAGUAACAGAGUAUUUCACAUCUGCUUUCAGGGAAUGAGAUGCAAUUUAGUUAUAAGGGAAUUGACUCACCGAAUGCACUCAGAGAGCUGGUGGUGUUCCGUGCAAGUACUUGAGAUGGAUAUGGAUAAUACCUUGGAUGAGGAUGAAACAAUGGAACUUUAUCCCUUAAAGAAUGGCUGUAGAAGCUACACUGUAGAAAGUACACCUCCUGCUGGACUGAGCCAUGCAUUGCCACACGGCAGCUCUCCUUUCAAAGAAAAAAAACAUUGUAGAGAUUUAAUGUAAACUGAACAGGAUUCCUUUAGUGAACACAGCCAUCUGUGUUCAAUUAUAUUUUGUGUUUGUUUGUUUGCUGGCUACAAUGAUAAUUCGGUGUAUUUGAAAUUUAUCCGGAAAGGUUCUAGAGUGGUUGACUGUGGGUGAGGCAUUCCCUCAUUUCAUCUUUCUGUGUGUGUAACUACUGUAUGUGUUUCUGCGUUGUUUUUGCACUUUUAGCAUAACCUAUAUGGGCAUGGGCCAGGGCACUAUUUAACCUCCUGCCCAGGUUGAUGCCUUGCUUGAAAAAUGAAAGUGGAUUUGAUCUCACCCCACCUCAUCUUCAGGUCCACUGCUGAUGACGCCAAUAACAAUAUGAGAUCAGAGGAGGACGGGAUUAUUCCUCCUCCAAGACUAUUCUGCCAAAAGACGCCAGGGCAGAUCUCCUACACCCCACUCAGACCACUGGACCCAGCUGUGACACGCCCAAAAUAACUAGACUUCAAAUUUGGAAGGGAUGCCAAACAAUCGUCAAUCACACUGUCUCAAUGCUACUUUUUAAAGACCUACCCUUUUACUUCCUCUUGUGAUUUUAUUUUAGAGUCACUGUGAUUGCCCGGUACCAGCAGAUUACCAUAUAUUCUAAUGAAAUAAAACAUCUAAACUUUAUCUAUAUGUGAAGAUGACAUGUACAGCUGAAGUGUUCAAUGUUACUUAGCGCAUUCGGUUGUGUAUGCUGUCCAUUGCAGGAUGGUUUAAUAUGCAGACCUGUGUAAAUGUGGCCGAACAGGCUGUUUGAUCCAUGCUGUUUGAAAUGGUGAUGCCUUGUUGGAAAUGAUUAGUAGAGUUGAGAAGUGGAAGAAUAUCUGAUGUUUUACUGUGUUCUUCUGUAUAGUUCUGUAGAUUCUAGGAGGUUGUUGAAGCAUGAUACUGCACCAGGCAACUUCCUAGCUCCCUCUCUGUGUGUGUGUGUGUGUGUGUGUGUGUGUGUGUGUGUGUGUGUGUGUGUGUGUGUGUGUGUGUGUGUGUGUGUGUGUGUGUGUGUGUAUGUAUGUAUGUAUGUAUGUAUGUAUGUAUGUAUGUAUAAAAAUGUAAUAACUUAUUAAUCUUGCAAAUGUGGAAUUCCUUGUUGGAUGUUUUAAUACAAGGGGGGGGAGGGAGGAAGCAAUUACAUGUGCUAAAAAGUUAAACUGGUAUGGUGGGGGUUGGUUUUAAGGAAUCAUCUUUUUUUGGUAGAAAUUCAAACAUAAGAAGACAGCAGGAAAUAUAUUUCUGCAAUGUUCUAGUAUUUCUUGGGGAAAUAAUAUUGGUUAUCAUUAUCAUAUUACUAUUGAGCUAUUCAUUCAGAGCUCCUACGUUCACAUUCAAUAAGGUCUCUAAAGCCACUAGGUACAUGUUAAAGAGUGACUCAGACUGUCCACAGAGGACCGGACAGACAACAUGGUCAGACUGGUUCAUGUGAAGGCUUCUCUCUCAGACAUUCUGCCUACCUGAAAGUGUAAUGAACGGUAACUCAGCUUGGUGUCUUCAUUUCAGUUCUUUAUGGUAGCAGACAGUGACAGGUUGUCAUGUACCCUCCAGAACAGACAGGUGUGUCUGCCACAUGACAGACGCAGAUGUACGUUUGGUUGGUAUGGGGUCUCUCCAGGGUCCGCUCUGCAACCCUAAAUAAAUCUAAAAGAAGACCUACAGUAAGAUGGGUUUAGGGACCCCAGGAAAUUGUCAAAUGGGUUAUAUGAAGACGAUAUGAAGUUUGUGUUUUGUUAGGUUAAUGGGAAUUAUUCUGUAUAGCACUGGUUAAAGACCAGUAUCUCCAACCCUAUCAAAAUAUAAUCAUUUGAUGCAGAAAAACGCAACUUUCCACAAUCAUUUGGACAAGUAUAAACCAUCCUCCAAAUCACACUCUUGAGUGCACUUUGAAGACCCAUUUAUGCAUCACAGAACAUAUGUCUGACACCUAACACAGAACGUAUGUCUGACACCUAACACAGAACGUAUGUCUGACACCUAACACAGAACGUAUGUCUGACACCUAACAACACAUUACAGAUAGUAACAAUUCAAUAGGCUCUUACCUGCUGUAGGCUACUUCAGCUGGCAAAUGAUCUCCAACCAGCCAAUAGGAAACCUGUGAGAAAGAUCCCUGGUAGAGACAUGUGGCUGUUCCCUCCUCCCCUCCAUGCUGUAAGAGCACAGAUAAAUGAACAGUGUUUUCCUGUUAUCCUCUUAUUGGUUUGCCUUUUAUAUCAUGGCACCAUCCUUACAGGAAACCAUGGCAUCAGUAUAUGCCCUACUUACCACACAGAGCUGGAAUGUCAAGAUAGAAUACAGGACAUGAUUACCAGUAGAACUACACAUGAAGUCAUAUCCUGGUGUAGGUUUACGGCAGGCCUGGGCCACACAUCAGGUCAGAACGGUAGCACACAUUAUGCACUCAGCUCAGCCAGUUAAAGAGCUGACGUUACCAUAACCAGGCAGUGGCACACUGAGGGAAUGUAUUGUAAAACACAAAAACAUGUUUUCAGUAUGAUGCCACCUCUAAACCUGUUCUUUCCCUCACAGGAAGUCUACUGACAAAAUGUUGUUCAUGUACUGUGAACUGGAGGACAUGGCAAUAAAGAAUCCUUUAGAAGUGA